AUGCUGUCCAGUUUCUGGUUCCUCUCCAAGCACACCAGCCUCUCCCUGGUGUCCUUGCGCGGCACCCGCGGCGCCUUCGCGCUACUGCCUCGCUGGGGCCGCGUGCUGCCCUCUGGCCCCCGGCUGACCGCGCCCUGCCGCCAGAUGGCUGCAGCCUCCUCCUGGGAUCCUCUGGGACCAGCAGCCACCAGCUCCCGGGUGCGCCAGAACUACCACCCUGACUCCGAGGCCGCCAUCAACCACCAGAUCAACCUGGAGCUCUAUGCGUCCUACGUAUACCUGUCUAUGGCCUAUUACUUCUCCCGAGAUGAUGUGGCCUUGAACAACUUCUCCAGGUACUUCCUUCACCAGUCUCGGGAGGAGACGGAGCACGCGGAGAAGCUGAUGAGGCUGCAGAACCAGCGAGGAGGCCGGAUCUGCCUGCAGGACAUCCAGAAGCCCGGCCAGGACGACUGGGAAAGCGGGCUGCACGCCAUGGAGUGUGCCCUGCUCUUAGAAAAGAACGUGAACCAGUCAUUGCUGGAAUUGCACGCUCUGGCCUCAGAAAAAGGUGACCCCCAUUUGUGCGAUUUCCUGGAAACCCACUACCUGCACGAGCAGGUGAAAUCCAUCAAGGAACUAGGUGACCACGUGCACAACCUGGUCAGGAUGGGGGCCCCGGACGCUGGCCUGGCAGAGUACCUUUUUGACAAACAUACUCUGGGAAAUGAAAAAAAGCCUAACUAAACCGGCCGUCCCGGUACUACCCAGUGCCUUUCACGACUGAGAGUCAGCUGUCUCCGGCCUCCCUGCCCUUGAAACUCACCUCUAUCUUUCUAUUCAUCCCGUUACACUGUUCCUCCAAUAAAGUGAUUUGU